UUGAAGUAAAAAGCAAUGAUUAAGUAUAUAUUAUACACAAUGUUAUACAUUGGUAAGGUAUGGUUUAAAGAAUUGGUAUUUUAUAUGAAAUACCUAUUGAAUUUUGGAGACAGAGUGCAGACCUUGUUUCAAAAUAUUGCAUAUAUUGGUAAAUGGAUGGUAUGGUAUACCAAAUAUCUAUUGAAUUUCAAUGACGGACUGCAUGCAAUACGAAUAUCCCUGCAACCGGUCAAUGCCAAUCCGGAAGAUGCAGUCUACAAUAUUACUGUACAAGGAAAUGGAAUAGCGGUUCAAUUUAAUCAAAUCGAAAUAAAUCAAGAAAUUGGCAAUGGUAUACAAAUUGUUCAAACCGAGGCUAAUGGUGUACUUCCAUUAGAUAUUUCAACAAUGAUUGUAAAUAGAAAUGGUAAUGACGGAGACUCUGAAUGGUUCUUUCGUUGGAUAGAAAUAGAUGGAGGAAAUAGAUUUUCAUUUCAUAAGAUAAUAACGCAAGAAGGUUUUUCCAGUAGAAAAGAUACGCUUUUACCUCAAGAUGAAGGCAGUCGGUAUCAUAGAGAUCUACGAACCUUUGAUCUUGCUGAGCAAAGACUUAAAUAUGGAUAUGGAUUGUAUAAUUGCCAUGAUACAGAAUUACCGGUCAAGAUUGCAAAUUUGCCAAUGGAAGAGAACUUUUCAUUCUGCUACGUUUUGACAAAUAGUAUAAUUCCAACCGCUGGAAUGCUUCUAUCUGAAGGAUACAUAAUGUUCAAGAUGUUAUUGAAUCGGUUUCCACAUCUUCCUGGAAGGUGGAGAUUGUUGGAAGAAAUCAACACAGCUUACCAAAUAUAUUUUAAAGCACCAAGAGGUAACAUCAAUUGGGAAGACGAUCAGCAUUUUGCGUUGCAACGACUUAAUCAGUGCAACUCGUCGUUAAUAAGGCGGGUAAAUAACAUAGAUCAGAUUGCAGACAUCAUGAACAAUCUGCCAAAUGGUGUCCUCAAUGCUAUUGUUGACGUCAAUGCAGCGAUAGAAGGACAUCAAUUAUACUUCACCAACAUCAACGUACCAGAAGGUUUAGCGAUUCCUAGUCCGGUAGUGCUAUUCGAAAGAACAAAUGAUGAUAAUUUUCUUCCUGUUGCUAUUAAUCUGAAUGUUGCUAUUGGAGGACAAUUUGUGUUUCAACCAGAUGACGAACCAAAUGCGUGGCGACUAGCUAAGAUGUGGGCCAAUUUAGCAGAUGCAUCGAUGCAACUAAGCGUUACCCAUUUAGGGCUAACUCAUGUAUUAAUGGAAGGCAUUGCUAUUUGUGUACACCGCAAUCUCUCAUCAAGACAUCCGAUUUAUAAAUUGCUUGUACCACAUUUUUAUUAUAACCUUGCUAUCAACGAAUUGGCACGCGAAACCCUGUUUAUUCCUGGGGGAUAUCUAGACAAUACUAUGAACAUUCAUUCAACUGGAGUUUUGCAAUUGAUUAGACAAAGGUUGGGCGACUGGAAUAUGAAUAUCGAUGGCACGUUUCCACGAGAUCUAGAAAAUAGAGGUCUUACAGGUGAUGAUGGAGUUAACCAGGUUAACAUACCUGGGUUUUUCUAUGCCGAAGACGGUUUGCAACUAUACAAUGCUAUACACAAUUAUGUAGAUCAAUAUGUCCAUCACUACUAUUCAGGAGUUAAUGACGAAGAUAUCUUGGAUAGGUUGUUAGGCGACACUGAGAUACAGGCCUUUUACGCAGAACUAGUGCUACCACGUGGACAAGAAAAUGGAGGAAUUGGAAUACAGGGAGUUCGAAUUCCAGGAGACAACGACAGAUUCUGGACAACUGGUCAGCUUAUUGAUACCCUUACAUCAACAAUAUUCAUAUGUUCGGUUAUGCAUGCUGCUACAAAUUUUCCACAGUAUGAUCAAUAUGGAUUCCCGCCAAAUUAUUCAACAUUACUUCAUGGAGCACCACCUCUAAAUGCGAAUGGGAUAGAAGACCAAGCUGUAUUAGAUUGUCUUCCGUCAGUCAGAGAAACAUUCGACAUCAUGACUAAUUUUACUCUUCUCAGUCAAGAAACAACACAACCACUCGGACAGUCUGAAGUUCAAUUGAUUGAAGACCCAAAUGCAGUCACAAUCCUGAAUACGUUCAGAGCAGAAUUGGCCCUAAUUGAACAGGAGAUUAAUGAUCGGAACCAAGAAAUUAUAGCAGGAAACCUGAAUCCAAAUUUUAUUCCAUAUACUAGACUUUUACCAAGCAAUAUUCCGAAUUCAAUUGCAAUAUGAAAAACAAAGUUGUUGUAAAUGCACAGCAACAUAUAACCAAAAUAUAUGUUAGUUGAUGUAUUAGUCAAAACAUUUUUUUUUAGUAACUAGCCGUUAUCACUUCGAAAAGGAUUGAUCAGAACUUUUGCGAGUUUGUACUUGAACUCUACAGUUGUUUACAUCGUCGCCUUUUUGUCUCCGGUGGAUAUACGUCUUUUGACUAUCUGCCCACCUCUCCUUAUUAUUGUAUUAAAAAACAUGGCUCAUGUAUUUCGUAAAUUUUUUAUAAAUAAGAACACUAAAUGUCUAUUAAACAUUGAUAGUAUAUAUGUAACACUCCCAAACGUGUCCUUCCCCCCAAACGUGUCCGAUUCCCUCAAACGUGUCUAUUCCCCCAAACGUGUCCGUUAUAUUCAAUGUUGCCCAAACGUGUCCGAUUUCAUAACCCCCAAACGUGUCCGAUAAAUGUUAUUCGCCAAAACGUGUCUACUGUUAAACGCCAGAACGUCUCACGUCUAUUAGCGCUAAUACAUGUAUGUACAUGUUAACGGCAAAUUCUAUGAUGGGGGACACAUUUGAUGAUUAUCAUAAUUGCAAAUUUAAUCUGUAACACAAAAAAUUAACUUUUGACUGUAAUUGUUUAUUGUCCAGUUGCAAGUAUUUCAUGCAUAUUUAAAGCGAAUAUACAAAUCAUUUUAGUACAGUUGAUUUAAUCGUUUACUAAGUGAAUUAUUUUGUACAAAUAAAAUCUAAGACGAUGCAUUUUCAUAAAAAUCCUGUGUGUGAAUAUUACACGGCGGGAAAAAAUUGACUACCCUUUUUUCAACAGUCCUGAUAUUUUAAAAGCUCUUCAAAUCAUUAACUGGUUUUCGGUUGUUUUUUUUAGGUUUCGAGCAUCACUAAAGACACACAAACGAGAGACAUAACGUCCAGUGCCAAAUAUUUCAUGCAUUAUUUGAACGACAUCAUGUUAACAAUUAAUGACCCCCAAGAAUAGAAGUAUGAACACCAUUGGUCUUCCUCCGGCCGGCAGUAAAACCCUCGCCAAAGUGGGACGUCCGUUAGGCUGUGCGGGAUAUACAAAUUUGCAACCACGUCCGGUCAGAAUGGGGACGUUACAUCCGAUGCCUCGUUUAAAAAGAGUGCCACGCUCUUUGCACGUUAGGAACCCUUGCAACAACUCUUCGAGGGGUCCGUAGAUGACCUGUUGCAUGGCUAAAUUUUUGUCCCAAUCCAAUAUACCCUCAUAUCCCGUGGCAGUUUAAAUUUCUUCGACCUUCAUCCCGGACGCCUCUAUUACAGAACCUGCCUAUUUUAUUUAUUGUUAAUUUGUUCUUGUCCUGAAUAUGCAUGAAAUAUUUGCAACUGGACGUUAAGCAAUCAAUCAAUCAAUUAAUACUGUAGAUAGGUUCUAUUAUUAUACAGGAAAUUUAUGAUUGGGCCUAAAUUUUUACGGGUAUUCGGGAUUAACACUAGUUUGGAUAUUAAUAAUAUUUAAGAGCGAGUAAAGACCGUUUUUUUAUCACUUCAGUAAAACACUUCUUCAAUCUCAGUUUUGUAUUAGAGGUCGUUUUAAAUAAAAGUUGCUGAAAUCUUAACUGCCACUAGAAAAAAAUCAAUAGGGACAAAAUUGUUGCCUUCCGAAAUACAACGGAUGGCACCAUGAAAGAGUUGUCAGAAAGGUUUUAAUCUGCAGAGAAAGGGACUUUCUACCUACACGAAGUAUCUGAUUUAAUAUCCAGAAAUUAACUUAGCGUGGCUGCUUACAUUUACAUCCUACAUAGCUUAGCAGACGCCCCACUUUAACCGUUAUACUGUUAAAAAAAGACCUAUAGUAAUUUUUUUUUUUUUUUUUAUGAAAUAGUAAAAUGAGUUUACGUUAAUGAAAAAGCAAUAACCAAAUAACGUACGUAUUUAUAAUAUGGACACGAAUGAUAGUUCAUUUAUAGAAAAAAAAUGAAGGUUGAUAUGGACACGUUUGGGGGAUUGGACACGUUUAGGUGUUUAUUAAAAAAUGGACACGUUUGGGCGUUCAUACAAAUGACACGCUUUGGCGCCCUUUUACAUUAAGACUUGUUUUGCAGUUCAGUGACGUCAUGUGGACACGUUUGGGGGAAUCGGACACGUUUGGGGGGAAGGACACGUUUCUGAGUGUUACAUAUAUGUAUAGAUC